UAACCACAUGUACCCUGCAUGCUGCUGAAGAAAUUCUGCACGACUUCCUGAAGGACGCCAGACAACUUGAAAGGAUUUACCACACCUUGAUCACCAACCAAUCAGAGGCCAGUGUUUGGAUGGAGCAGGUGAUCAGCAGCACCUUGGAGGUGAUCAUGAAGAGCCUGGCACCAGAGCCGCUGACAUGCGAGGAGGCCCUGGGCCCCUUCCAGUGGCUCUUGUCCACUGAGACCAUAAAGCUGGAGGUGUGGAAAUCAAUGAUCUGCCAGAACACGUCGGCUCUCGAGAAUCUGCUGCUCACGGAGUGGAUGCCUUUGAUUGAAAAAGCUCAAGAGUUCUACACUGCCUUGACGGGGGAAGAAGAAUACGCCAACGUCACUCUUCCUAUGAUUCUCUCCGAGUGGCAUAAGUUGUAUAACAGCACCUUGGAGUUGGGGGCGGUCUUGGAGAGGUUGUCCACAGACUUGGACCAAGCUAAUUGGUUGGACUGGAUGCCAGCUAACAGUUCCAGUGAUCUUGUUGGGACUCUUCAGCAAAGUAUUUUAGUUUUCAUGGCAAAUUUGGGAGCAACGGUUGAGGCGAGUCCAACGUGGCCUGAGAUGAAAAGCUAUUUCCACAUGGUCUACUGGGUUUUCAACUACAGACCUGGUGUCAGCGCUGUGCCAGCAAACUGUUCCCUUGACAUCAAGACUCUAAACAUUGACUGUGACACUGGCCUGGACUGGAACACGUUUGUUCAGGCGCUGGCUGAGGCCCUGAUGUCGCCAACUCAAGAUGUUCUACUGAACUGUCUCAAAGGCACGGUCAGUCUAUUACAGACUGUGUUUGGGGACCUGACCAAGAAUCUGACAGCGUCCUAUUUAACACAAGAAAUUCAAGGUGGAGAUGCGCUCUCUAUGUACCUGAUUAACUUGAUGAACAACCUGCACAACUUUGUCUGGAACAUCUCCACACUCUCUGACCCACACAUCUCAAACCCCGACGUCAUGAUUCCCCUCAUUAGCGAGCUGUUUGAGUCUACAGGUCUGAGUCCCUUGCUGCCUUUGCUCAUCAGCGACAGCCCAGUCAAUGUCUCCAACAUUAUUGAUGUUGCCGUGAAGCUUGGUAGAAGCAACCAGAACAUUUUCACCUUUAAUGAGACCGACCCAACAAUGCCUGAUCUGGAAAAGUUGAUCGUGCAGUUCCUGUCUUUGGAGGGUAACCUCACCAUGUCUCUCUCCCACGUCUUGGGGAACAUCCUACUUACCUAUUCCAACUACUUUGACCCAGAUGAAGUGGCACGUGUCAGGGAGGCUUUAAAGCCUUUUACUAACCAAACCUCAUCAGGAAUUGUGGAGGCCAUCCUUACAGCCACAGAGCUGCUAAAGAAAGUGGUUGAUUCACCAAAUGACGAUCCAACUAAAGUAAUUCUCGCAUACAUCCAGCAACUUCAAGAAUCCACAGUGUCCCUGUUAAAGUGGCAAAGAAUCCAACACAUCGUAUUGCCUAAUGGACUAUUAAGUACAGCUGAAGUUACAGAACUCUCCCAGGUGUUCAAUGACUUUCUUAACCUCCUCACCCCUGAGAGUCUUGCAAACCUGACUGAGAUUGGCCCAGAUGCUGCUCAGGACUUGGUGGUACAACAAUUUCUUGCAUUCCUACCACUGGACUUCCAAGAAGCAGCUGCUUUCAUGUUCCAAGACUUUAAAGCUCUGCAGUAUCAUUUGUCCUUGUGUGCAGCAGGACAAAACUGUUUGGCCGGUAUCUCGGAAAUCUUUGCAUUCCUGAGUCAACUAUCUGGCUUGAUGCUCUCAGCCGAUGGCAACGUCACAGUCAACAUUGCUUUAAACAACACGUUUCUGGAGGGUGGGUCAUAUGAAAAUAUCGCAUCUGCUUUCUUCCCACUGCUCUUGUCGCCGCAUGACUCUGCCUAUGUUGGUGUGUUCAACCAAACCCUUCAUUUCAUGAGACUGGUGAUAGAAACACCAAAUAUUACAGUGUCUCAUAUCCAAAAUGCACUGAGACAGUCAAACGUAACCCUUGACGAGCUAAACUACAUCGCUCACCUCGCAGGAUCUGCCAACAUAAAUGACCUGUUGAUAAAUGUAAUGGCCAUCGCCGAUGUUCCCGAGUGUUUUGAAAUACAGCAUAACCACACCUUGGUGACAGCAGAGUGUGUUAUGGGAUUGAUCGACAAAGUCAGCAACUUCCUCAAAAGCAUACCUGCUCUGCAAAAUCAUACAGACAUCGUCUCCCUCGUCCCAUUGAUUGUCAAUAAAACAAUAACUGAUGCCACUCAGGUCAAUUUUAGCUCAAACACACACCUGGCUGUCAUACAGGUCCUUGACAACAGCCUCAACAAUAUCCAGACCAACCUGGAGUUGAAUAAUCUGAACACCUCAGAGAUCAAGAAUGAAAUCGCAGUGUUGCAAGGCCUGUUAAAGGUAGCGGCCAACCCUGAACCCUUGAACCACAUCCUCAAUGCCACGUUGCUACCGUACUCCGAGGAAGUUACAAGAACAUAUUUGCAAGUCAUGCAAUGGUAUCUGCAACGUCUGGAAAACGUGACCAGUGCCAGCGCCGUGUCCGGUCUCCUCUAUCCUCUUUUCCGCCUCACACAGCUACAAGUCACCCUCCAGAUAGCACAGACAAAUUUGACUCUGUUUAUCAAUAACCAGAUUAACCACUUCCAGACACCAACUGAUGGUGCAGGAGUGAGUAAAAUUGGCCAAGCAACCGUUGAAAUCCUUCAGCAAAUUGUAAAGUUCACAAUAGUCAACAUCAAAGUUCAGAAUGAGAAUGGUCAAGUCUUAGGUUCUAUGCCGCUGUUAAACACAACUGCGCUACGUGACGUUGAGCAGCAAAUAGAAUUCUACCUUGAUCUGAUACAUGCUUGGAUGGAACAACCCAAUGUCACUGCCGUCUUCACCAGUAUGCUCCAGUGGGGAAACGGCUCCCUGAAUGCUUCCACACCAGUAAGAGACGUUCACGUCCUGUUGCAGACGUUGGCUCACUAUCUAAAUGACGACCAACUGGCUUACCUGUCCGUCAUCAGCAAUAUCACCCAGUUUCUGCAAAAAUCUAUCAUGGCUUUAGAGCAGCCAGAAGACCCGCAGUUUGACCACCUAUACGCGGCCAUCAUGGAAGCAGUUCAAACCCUAAUGGACAUUCUCACCCAAGUUACGGGCCCUCUUCCGCAUUCUGUGACACAAAACAUCGAAGGAAUUGUGAACGACACGUUACUCCUUGUCAGCCAACCGGACCUGAGUUUUGCCACAUCGCUCAACCUCACCCUGCUUAUCAUCAAAAGAGUGGAAAAUGUUGUACAACAUCUGGUGCCAAAGGAGUUUGCAGUCUACCUGUUGUCCGGCCUCAAAGUUGCCGCCACAUAUUUGGAGACAAUCUCCACUACCAGUGGACCCGACAACUGGAAUCACGUCAUCUUGAACCAAAUGAAGAGCAUCCAGAGCCUUCUACCACCAAACAGCACGGCUCAGUACUACCUUUCUGUCUUCAUCAACACCACCCACAUGAUCCUGGAAUCGGGCUCAGGCAACAAUAGCUUUUCAAAUGACACAACUGAAAUCCUAGCAGGAAUUGUAGAGCAGCUUUGGCAGAUUAUUGUGAACGGUCUCGGCUCAGAGACUCCACCUUUGGGGGGUUUUACUCACCUUGCUCCGGUACUUGAAGACAUUGUCACAGGAAAUGCGGACAACAAGACCUGGCAUAGGCUUGAAAAGCUGCUGGAGGCUGUACUGUCUACCAUCGGUGAACCAGAGACAUGGGACAGUGUCACGGCUCUUGAAACAACGGUGGCAUUUAUGGUGAACGCCACAGAAGCCCAGAACAUGCUGAUACUCAGCCUUCAGGCUCCUCUGAUGACCUUGGCCACAGAGAUGGCACAGUCUGCCAACUCCAGUCUCUUUAACUUGUCUGGGAUCGCAGAAAGAAUGCAGCCUGCCAUCGAGAACACGCUGCUGGCUGCCGAGCAGGCUAAUGGAAGCUUGGAGUGCAGCGAGGCCCUGAGGGUGUGGCAGCCGGUCGGUGAGGCUGCCGCUUUAAACCAAAGUGUCCUGGAAAGGUGGUGUGACGUCAGCCUGCAGCCUGUGCUGGAGGCGUAUGCCGUGUACCCCCACCCACCCACACCUGAAGUCCAACCCAGGACUGCUGCAGUUUCAGGACUUGUCCAAGUCACACGGUCUUUGUACCGAGUCAUCCUGGACCAGUCUCAUGCCAUGCAGGUCCUCAUCACUGCUGUCUCCCACCACAUGGAGGCGCUGCUGGGCCGGCAACUGAAUGCCUCGCUGGACUGGCACACGCCGCUCGAAGACAUGCAGCUACACAACAGUUUGGCCUCCAUUAAAAUGCUGUCCGAAGAGUUGCACAUGUUGGGGCCGUGUAUAGACGCCAUGGAGGGACACAUCCUGAGCAACUCCCAUCAUCUUCAGGAGGGCAACACCUCCCAGGCCGUCUUCAGGGAGGCGGCCAUGAUCCUCCUCUCCUGUGCCAACAUCACCUCGGACUCACUGAUGGAGGGCGACUUAUCUUGGCUCUUUGAUGGAUCGCUCCCCGCCGUGAUAAGGGAUGUUCUUAAAGCCCUGAUCCACAUGAAGGUCUUUGGGAAUGAGCCGGUGGUUUACCAAGUACUGGAGCACUUUCUGGCCUCCAACGACACGACGUUACUCAUGCAGAAAGUGGCCGAGGUGUCUGCAUGGUUGGCGUCAGCAGAAGAAUCUGGACUAGAACUGCUUACUCAGGCGCUACCCAGAAUAUCGGAACUAAUCCGGCCUUUAAUGUCCGUGCUGACUCAUUUUGGAAUAAACACGCCAGAGACCACAGAGCUGGUUGAAGAUCUAGCCGGGAACAUCAUUGCAAUGUUGAAGCAGUUGUUAAGCGGCGGUCUUCUCAGCCCCGUGGACCACCAUCAAGUUGCAUCAUAUCAGGAUGGGGGUGGUAGCCACGUGUUGAACGGCCGACACAGACGUGAGGCCCCCGUGAUCCCUGGACUAAGUCCUGUGGACGACUUCCUGCAGUUGCUGCACAUAGACUACCCGGCAAUGUUCCAAGCCAUUUCAGCCCCUCUUACCCCGGAGGAAGUCCUGGAGACCGCUCACGUGUUCUUUGCUAACCCCGAUCUAAACAUUGUGGUCAAGGGGACAACCAGGGACAUGCCGUGGGCUCUGAACGGCUCAGGGGAAAAGGCAAUCGAUGCUGCCCUUGGGGUCCUCUCCUUUGCCACCCUGCCCAGCAGUUCUCAGAUGUCAUCUCUAGAUCUGUUGAGGGAUGCUGUUGCUAUGCUCCCAGAGAGCUUCCCAUUGGCCGCUCGGCUCAAAGACAUCACCCAAGUCCUUGCCAGUGAAUCUCAAGAGAACCUUCUCCACCUGCAGCAGACCUUCCAGACAGCUGUGCUGCUUGUCCACACCCCCAUCACUGAUCCACUCUUCACGCCACGACUCGAUCUCCUCAAGUCCCAGGUAUGCACGGCAGAGAACACGCCGUCUCUACGCCGCCUGACAGAAGCCCUAGGACUAGAGCCCGGUCAGCUGUGUGCCAGACUUCUACCUGACCUGCAAACUCUACUGCAAGGUUUUCUGGUCAACACCACAGACCUGGGCGACGCCCUCUUCCAGAUCUUGGUGGGAGACCCGAGCACCUUUGACCAAAACACAGACUGGUCUUUUGUGUUCAGUCAAAGUUUGGGCUUCAACAGCAGCAUCCUUGACUCUCUCAAUGUCAACAUCUCAGCUGCAGAGGAAGGAACAGUCGGCCAGUUGCUCCGUAAUCAAAGUGCCUUCGUCCAGGAUGUUCAGCGGCACAUGGACUUCAAUCCGGCCGUUCUCCAGCUACUCAUGGACACCACUCUACCGAGCCAGAAUUUACAGAUCCUUGCUUGGCUGACCAAGCUGCGUCACUGCGACUCCCCAGAACGUCUGAACGCCACAGAGCGAGAACUGUUCAUGGCCUUCUGCGCCAUGUCGCUCAGAGAGUGGUACACCUUCUCUCUGCUGAUGACUCGCCACCUCAACCUGGAGACCUUCAUCUACAGAGUGCUGCUGUCGCAGGAAAUCCAAAGCCUGCUGGGACUUAUGUUUGGACUGGUGGACAACAUCAUCAACCUGAUGGCCACUUAUCUCCCUGCCAUUGAUCAGCUGCAAACUUAUAUGGUUUCCCUUGAAAGCCUCAACCUGGGGUUCAAGGACUGGCACCGAGCUUCCAAUGGCAUCACACACGGCGUCUCCAUCAGAACUUCAUUCGUCUCACUCUCUCGGGCCAUGUGCAGUAAAGGAGUCAUGGCUCUCUUUGGAAUGGCCGCACUUCCCAUCCAGUUAGAUUCCACCCCGUCCUUCCCUGACGGCGAAACGAGGAACGAGAUGAUUGACAGGUUUAAGAUCCCACGGAAUGCAACCCCCUACUGUACCAACAUGUACCUGGACAUGGUGAGCACCACGGGGGGAGCCAUUGCCUGGGCCUUCCUCAAACCAAUGCUGAUGGGGAAAAUCCUCUACACACCUGACACACCUGUGACCAGGGCCAUCAUGGAGAAGGCCAACAGGACCCUGCAGGAGUUUGCCAACCUGAAGAGGCACUCGGACCAAUGGCUUCAGUCCUCAGACUACAUCCUCCAGUCCGCCCAAGUAUUGUCCCAGACCUUGCCCAUGCUGAAGUCGUCCUUGUCCAACGCCUUUGUGAGGAACUUCCUGGAGAUGCAGACGGACAUCGAUGUCGACAAAAUGAGGCAGACGCUCAACAGCUUCUCGAACAUGACCUCCAUGCUGGAGAAGAACAAACACAUCCUGAACCAGAUCACCGUCUUGUCCAACCUCAUGGUCAACGUGUCGUCCUGCAUCAAGUUUGACCGUUACCAAGGUUACCACUCCGAGGAACAUCUGGACGCGGAUGCUCAGGAACUAGCCAAGGAGCGCAGCCUCUAUGGAAGUGUCAUCUUCCAGCUGCCCAAAGGUGCGGAGUCCCUACCACCCAAGGUGGGCUACACCAUCCGCAUGCACAUGGACAACGUGAUGCGGACCGACCGCGUCCGAGACCCGUACUUUGUGAAGGACCGGCACAUCUCAGCACAGAAGACCCUGCGCUACAACCGGGGCUUUGUGUACCUGCAGGAGAACUUAGACCGAGCCAUUAUUGAAACCCAGACUGGUAGGAAGGUCUCAGAGACGGCUGUGCAGCUUCAGCCAUUCCCAUACCCCUGCCAUCUGAAGGACGAGUACCUGAAUGCCAUCUCCUUGGUCUUCCCCAUCAUGCUGAUGCUGGCCUGGGUUCUGUUCGUGGCAGACUUUGUGAAGAAGUUGGUUCAUGAGCGAGAACUGAGGCUGCACGAGUACAUGAAGAUGAUGGGAGUCAACCCCCUCAGUCACUUCCUGGCCUGGUUCUUGGAAUGUGCCGCCCACCUGAUGGUGACCAUCCUCAUCCUCACGCUGGUGCUGAAGUAUGGCGGCAUCCUGGCCCACAGUGAUGGCUUCCUGCUCUUCCUCUACCUGUGUGACUACGGCCUGAGCAUCCUGGCCUUCAGCUUCCUGCUCAGCUCCUGUUUCAACAAGACCUACAUCGCAGGUCUGAGCGCCAGCCUGGUCUACAUCCUCUGCUUCUUCCCCUACAUCGUGGUCAUGGCCUUGGAGAGCAGCCUCACCUUCUCCCAGAAGAGCAUACUGAGCAUACUUUCUCCCACCUGCUUCAGCUACGCCAGUCAGUACAUCUCUCGCUACGAGACCCAAGGACAAGGGAUCCAGUGGUACAACUCCUACACGUCCCCCAUGGCCGGGGACACUUCUUCCUUUGGCUGGCUGUGCUGGCUCAUGCUCAUCGACUCCUUGCUCUACUUCAUCCUGGGGGCCUACAUCCGCACCGUCUUCCCAGGCGACUAUGGCAUCGCAGCUCCGUGGUACUUCCCCUUCACCGCCUCCUUCUGGAACCACCUGUGCUGCUGGGGGAAGUCAGCCAGGCGAGGACGACUGUUGGCCAACAUCAUGACCACAAACACACCUGUGUUGGCCGACCACAAGGGCAAAGGCGGCGGCACGCUCUCCUCUCCGGCGGGCGAGGACUUCUCCGACCUCCCAGUGGGUGUGGCCCUCCGCGGUCUCACCAAGGUCUACGGCGAGCGAGUGGCCGUUGAAAACCUGAGCGUGGUCUUCCAUGAGGGUCACGUCACGUCACUGCUGGGUCACAAUGGUGCCGGCAAGACCACCACCAUGUCCCUCCUGACGGGCCUCUUCGCCCCCUCGUCCGGGACCAUCGAGGUGUACGGCCGGGACAUGCAGGCACACCUGGAGCAGGUGCGCAAGCAGCUGGGCGUGUGCAUGCAAUACGACGUUCUCUUCCAGCACAUGACUGCCAAGGAGCACCUCCUGCUCUACGGACAGAUCAAGGCCCCCCACUGGUCACGCCGGGAACUGCAGGAGCAGGUCCGAACCAUCUUGGAGAGCACUGACAUGUACGCCCAGAGGCACAAGCGGGUGGGCACGCUGUCAGGCGGCAUGAAGCGCAAGUUGUCCAUCUCCAUGGCCUUCAUCGGGGACUCCCGCCUGGUGGUCCUGGAUGAGCCCACCACAGGCGUGGAUCCGUGCUCACGGCGCAGCAUCUGGGACGUCAUCAUCCGACAUAAAAAGAAUCACACCAUCAUCAUGUCCACUCACCACCUGGACGAGGCAGAAGUGCUUAGUGAUCGCAUCGCCUUCCUGGAGAGCGGAGGCUUGAAAUGCUGCGGUUCUCCUCUCUACCUGAAGGAGAAGCUGGGCCAAGGCUACAAACUCACUCUCACCAAGAAGGUCCAGACACACCAGUCGGAGCGCUUUGACGAGGCCGAAAUGAAGGCCUUUGUCCAGGUGCACGUACCUGAGGCCCGACUGAAGGAGGCUCAGGGCAGUGACCUGGUCUACACCCUGCCCCCCUUCACCUCCUCCAACGCCUCUUCCUACCGCGCCCUCCUGACCGCGCUGGACGCCAACCUAAACGACUUGCAGCUGGAAGGCUACGGCAUCUCUGACACCACCCUGGAGGAGGUCUUCCUCCAGUUGACUGACGGAAAGGAACCAAACAAAGACUUGCCGGAGGACAGACCCUUUUCUGUUUCAGAGACCGUGUCGGACUCGGACUCCAUAAAUAGCUUCCCCGCAGAUCAAAGUGAAGGCAUCAUCAGUUAUUGUGACAAAAUGAACCUGACCAGUUCCUCCAAAGCACAAGGGAUGUGCUUGGCCUGGCAGCAGAUCAAAGCCGUACUGAUCAAGAGGUUCCACCACAGCCGCAGAGACUACAAGGGUCUGGUCUCCCAGAUCCUGCUCCCGGUCUUGUUUGUGGUGUUCGCCAUGGGCCUGGGGUCCAUCAAGAGCGACCUGAGGCACUAUCCCAAGAUGGACCUCAGCCCUGCUCUCUACAACCUGGGACCCAGCUACUCCUUCUUCAGUCAGCAUGAUGAGCAGUCGGCACAGCUGGUGGACAAGAUGAUGUCACUCCCUGGGAUGGACAACAGCUGCCUUGAUGACACGGUUUGCUGGAGCCAAAGUGGCAGCUGGAAGUCUGCAGGGAACACGUCAGGACAAUUGUCUGAGUGCCAAUGUAGCCUCCAGGAGCAGGUUUGUCCCGGGGGAACAUUCCAGCCAGCCAGUCGGCAGAGCCCGUCUUCUCAGACGGUUUAUAACCUGAGUGGCAUCAAUGUGGAGAACUACCUGAUGGUCACGGCCAACCACUUCAUCAGAAACAGGUAUGGCGGGUUUGAAUUUGGAAUGCAGCUCCCGUCUGACCUCCAAAUGGACCUUCUAGCCAAGUCCAGUAACGCCACUCUAUCAAAGGUGUGGUUCAACCCUGAAGGCCACCACACCAUGCCAGCAUACCUCAACAGCCUGAACAAUCUCAUCCUACGUGCCAACCUGCCAGCAGACAAGGAUCCACGGGAAUAUGCUAUUUCAGUGUCCAGUCAUCCCUACUUCGGCCGGGUCAUUGAGGAGGACUCUAUCAUCCAGGGAAUGUUGCAGAUCCUUGUGGCCAUUUGUGUGCUGGCAGGAUUUUCCAUCACGACUGCCAGCUUCGCCAUCUACGUGGUGACUGAGCACACCAACGGUUCUAAGAGGCUGCAGCACAUCGCUGGCAUCAGUGAACCUUUCUACUGGACUCUCACCUUCCUCUAUGACAUGAUCAUCUACAUGGUUCCCGUGGCUUUGACUGUGGCUGUGGUUGCAGCCUUCCAGGUUCCAGCAUUUGCAGACCGACAGAACUUGGCUGCUGUUGCACUGCUUCUGGUGCUCUUUGGCUUUGCCACCUUCCCCUGGAUGUACCUCCUCUCAGGGGUCUUCAAAGAUGCAGAGAUGGCCUUCAUCUCCUACGUGUGCAUCAACCUCUUCAUCAGCAUCAACACCAUCAUGUCCAGCUCCAUUCUCUUCUUCCUCAGUCAGGUGUCCACGGACCACCCUGAGAGCAUCAAGGACACCUUCAGGAUACUCAGCCAGGCCUUCCUCAUCUUCCCUCAAUUCAACUUUGGAAAUGGACUGAUGGAGCUGGCCAGAAUGAACAUCCAGGUCCAGCUCCUCAGCGGCUACGGCAUCGACGCCUACAAGAACCCCUUCUCUACAGACGCCCUGGGCUGGAUGAUCAUCUCCUCCAUCAUCCAAGGUGUGGUCUUCUUCACACUGCGCCUGCUGCUCAACAGGACCCUCCUCCGCAGACUCAGGCAUCUUAUCGUGGGCAGGAAAAGUCUACCGCGGGCGAUGGAGGACCAGGACCAAGAUGUAGUUGCCGAGCACGUGCGAGUGGCAAGCGGCGCUGCAGACUGCGACAUCUUGCAGGUCAAGCAGCUCACCAAGAUCUACCAACACCUCAACAAGAAGAACUAUGCGGUCCAGAGUCUCUCUGUGGGAGUUCCUGCAGGAGAGUGCUUCGGUCUGCUGGGAGUCAACGGGGCGGGAAAGACCACCACCUUCAAGAUGCUCACUGGAGAUGUCAGUCCCACGGAUGGCAGCGCUCAGAUCAGGGACUGGGACGGGGGGCUGGUGGACAUCAUGCAGAGCCAGCAGAGAGGCAUCAACAUGGGCUACUGUCCCCAGGUGGAUGCUCUGGAUCAUCUGCUCACUGGAGAAGAGCAUUUGUAUUUUUACGCUGGGAUUCGUGGAAUCUGCAAGAGUGAGAUAGAGAAGGAGGUGAGGUACCUGGUGAAGAAGCUGCAGCUGCAGGAGCAUCACAAGAUGACCACUCAGGGCUACAGUUGUGGAACUCGCAGGAAACUCUCCACCGCCAUCGCUCUGGUGGGACACCCACAGAUCUUACUCCUGGAUGAGCCCAGCUCAGGCAUGGACCCCCGUACCAAACGUCACCUGUGGAAAAUCAUCUCUGAGGAGGUGAAAGGAAAAUGUGCCGUGGUCCUCACGUCUCACAGCAUGGAGGAGUGUGAGGCGCUCUGCAGCCGUCUGGCCAUCAUGGUGAAAGGUCAGUUCCGCUGCCUGGGCUCUUUGCAGCACAUCAAGAACAGGUUUGGCAGAGGCUUCACGGUGAAGAUGUACUUGGCGGAGGCUGCCAGGGACGUGGAGGCCAUCACUGACUUCAUGCAGAGACAAUUUCCCAGCACCUACUUGAAGGACCUGCACUCGUCCAUGGUGGAGUACCACCUUCCUGUGGCACCGGGAGGCGUGGCUGACAUCUUCCACCAGUUGGAGAGCAACAAAAGAUGUCUGCAGAUCAAACACUUCUCUGUGAGCCAGACCACUUUGGACCAGGUCUUCAUCAACUUCGCCAUGGGGAACAUUCUGGAAGCAGCUAGCAGCCAAGGAGCGUGCCACCAGGAAGUGGAGGCUUAGAGGAGAUGAUCUUCUCUGCGCUGGAAUGGGAACAUCUCCUAAAUAUGUCCUGUCAAUCAUCCCUCCAGAAGUGUCACUUAUUCAUGUAUUCAUCUGUAAUUUAGUUUCAUUCAUGUAUUCAUCUGUAAUUUAGUUUCAUUCAUGUAUUCAUCUGUAAUUUAGUUUUAUUCAUGUAUUCAUCUGUAAUUUAGUUUUAUUCAUGUAUUCAUCUUGAAUUUCCUUUUAUUCAUGUAUUCAUCUUUAAUUUAGUUGUAUUCAUGUAUUCAUCUUUGAUUUAGUUUUAUUCAUCUAUUCAUCUUUAACCUUGAUUUGACAAUCACAAUAUUGAUGUUCUUUUCCUACACCUUCAACUUGACUAGUUCUUGUAGAACAUGUUGUUGUUGUUGACCAUGUUGGAUGUAGAACAUGUUGUUGACCAUUUGUAUCAAACAUUACAACUUCAAAUGCA